CAAUCGGGAUAUAGCGCCACUAUCGUAUCGCGAUGUCUGCGUGAUCGUGUGAACGCACUACGUCCAAUCGCUUGCGACAUACUGGGGAGGGAUUUUCUGAGGAGAGCUCGCUUGUCCCCAUAAACGGCAUCGGUUUGUGCAGGUACUCAUUAAUGAGUGAAGGAUAAACUGGAGAAACUGAAGCUGUCUGAGAAGCAAUGGAGAUCAAAAGCCCUGAGGGCUUGCAGCCAGACCUUAAACUAGUUGCUCACCCAAGAGCAAAAAGUAAAGUAUGGAAGUACUUUGGGUUUGAUACCAAUGCAGAGGGAUGUAUAUUACAGUGGAAGAAGAUUUACUGUCGCAUUUGCAUGGCCCAAAUUGCAUAUUCUGGGAAUACUUCCAACCUUUCAUACCACCUUGAAAAAAAUCACAUGGAUGAGUUCUGUGAAUUGGUCAAAAGUAACACUGAGCAAAUGAGGGAAGCAUUUGCAAGUGCUUUCUCAAAAUUAAAACCAGAGUCAUCCCAGCAAGUUGUUCAGGAGAGUUUAACAAUCAAAAAUAGCCAUGGCUAUGAGAGCAAGAAACAGUUAGAGCUGACAUCAGGUGUAAUAAGCAUGAUCUGUGAGGGCAUGUUCCCUGCGUCCAUAUUGGAUGAACCUACCUUUAAAUCCCUUUUGAAAACCGCCGAUCCACGCUAUGAAGUCCCCAGUAGAAAGUAUAUAUGUACGCGGGUAUUGCCAGAAAAAUACAAUGCCGUUAGAGAAAUUGUUUUGAAGGAACUAACUGACCUUUUUUGGUGCGGGGUAUCCACUGAUAUCUGGAGAAGUGAAAAUCAGAACCGGUCGUAUGUGACACUCUUUAUUCACUAUUUGGGUAGUGGGGCAUCUCCUGGUUUAUCGAUAAACUGUCGAUGUUUAAAAACAUUUGAAGUGCCAGAGGAAAACAAAGCAGAAUCAAUGACACGAGUACUCUAUGAAACCUUUAUUGAAUGGGGAAUCCACACAAAGGUAUUUGGUGCUACCACAGAUUAUAGUAAAGACAUUACUAAGGCAUGCUCCCUGUUGGAUGUCCCUGUAGAUAUGCCAUGUUUAGGUCACACGUUUAAUAUGGGAAUACAACAAGCUUUCCAACUUCCCAAGCUUUAUGGACUACUUUCCAGGUGUAGGAAACUUGUGGAAUACUUUCAGCAGUCCUCUAUUGCAAUGUACAUGCUAUGCGAAAAACAGAAACAACAGAACUUAUCGCCCUGCAUGUUAGUAAGUGACCGUGUGUCCUGGUGGGGCAGCACUCAUGCAAUGCUGCAGAGGCUUAAAGAACAACAAUUUACUAUUGCUGGUGUGCUGGUGGAAGACAGUAACAACCAUCAUCUCAUGUUAGAGACCAGUGAGUGGAAUAUAAUCGAAGGCCUGGUGGACUUACUCCAGCCAUUCAAACAAGUAGCUGAGAUGCUCUCAAUGUCAAAAUAUCCUACAAUCAGUAUGGUAAAACCUCUCUUACAUAUGCUGCUAAAUACAUCUUUGAACAUAAAAGAGACUGACCUAAAGGAAGUAAGCAUGGCUAAAGAGGUAAUUGCUAAAGCUCUAUCAUCCACCUAUCAGCAGAUGCCAGAAAUAGACAUGUUUCUAAAUGUGGCAACAUUUCUAGACCCGAGGUACAAAAAACUUCCCUUUCUGUCUGCAUUUGAACGUGCACAAGUUGAAAACAGGGUCAUAGAGGAAGCCAAAAGUCUUUUAGACAGAAGUAAAGACAACUUCAGAGUUGACCAUAAAGAUUUUUCUGUAUCUGAUGAGCCCCCUGCUAAGAAAAUGGUAGUUUCCUCCACUCCUCCUCCCACUAGUAGUAUCAACAACAUGUUGGCUGAAAUAUUCUGUCAGUCUGGGACAUCUGAGGACCCAGAGGAAUGGCAUGCUCAAAUUGUGGAAGAGUUGAGCAAUUUUAAAUCACAGAAGGUUCUUGGCUUAAAUGAGGAUCCACUCAAGUGGUGGGCUGAUCGUUUGGCAUUAUUUCCUUUGUUACCCAAGGUUCUUCAAAAGUACUGGUGUAUUGCAACCACAAGAGUCUUCCCUGUACGUCUCUUUAGUUCAUCAGCGAACGUCAUAAAUGCAAAAAGAAAUAGACUAGCACCUGCACAUGUCGAUGAGCAGAUAUUUUUGUAUGAAAACUCACGCAAUUGCUCUGAAGCAGAGCCUGAAGACGAUGAAGAAGGGGAAUGGGGUUUACAACAAGAGCAGUUUUUUUAAUUUAUAUCAAAGUGGCAGCCUUGCGAGCAGCCUCUUCAGUAAGGGACAGUAGGCUUAUUUAAAAAUAUACUAGAAUUACAUUUUAUCAAUAAUAUUAAAUAAUUGUUUUAACAGCUACAAAAAAUUAGCUGCACUACUCACUGUAAAUAUAGUCAAUUUUAGCCUUUAAUAUAUAUAUGUAUUUGUUGUCACUGUUUGUAUAUGUGUGUGUGUGUAUAUAUA